AUGGAGAACAUGAUGCAGGGCAAUAAGAUCAGACGAGUUGCAGCUACUCGCAUGAAUGAGAGGUCAUCUCGAUCACACACGAUUUUCCGGAUUAUUCUGGAGUCGAAAGAUGCCAAUCAGAAAGAUGGACCUGUACAUAUAAGCUACCUUAACUUAAUGGACUUAGCUGGUUCUGAGAGAGUUUCUCUGACGAAAGCUGCUGGUGAGCGUCUUAAAGAGGGGGCUAACAUAAACAAAUCUUUGUCAGUAUUAGGAAAUGUGAUAAGGCAACUAAGCGAGGGGAAGGAGUUUAUCAGUUAUCGCGAUUCGAAAUUGACUAGACUGCUCUCACAGGCUCUUGGCGAUGUAUAUGGAUCUGUAGUAAAACCUUUAGUCGAUUCCUUCAUGGAAGGUUCAAUGCAACAAUAUUUGCAUAAGGCCAAACAUCUUCUGGCAAAACACACACCAUUUUGGGCAAUAAAACAGAUCCUGGGCUUUCCAUUAGUAUCCAAUCAGUUAUUCCAGCAUGUGGCAGACCAGGUUGAUAAGAGGUACUUGAUUAGAUUCAGUUAUAUUGAAAUCUACAAUGAAAAGAUCAUUGACCUCCUGGAUAAGAGCAAUCAGGGUUUAACUAUAAGAGAAGAUAUCAAAGGAAAUGUGCUGCUUGAUGCAAGGGAAGCUGUCGUAGACAAUGUUGAUCAAGUUAUGGAGAACAUGAUGCAGAGCAAUAAGAUCAGACGAGUUGCAGCUACUCGCAUGAAUGAGAGGUCAUCUCGAUCACACACGAUUUUCCGGAUUAUUCUGGAGUCGAAAGAUGCCAAUCAGAAAGAUGGACCUGUACAUAGAAGCUACCUUAACUUAAUGGACUUAGCUGGUUCUGAGAGAGUUUCUCUGACGAAAGCUGCUGGUGAGCGUCUUAAAGAGGGGGCUAACAUAAACAAAUCUUUGUCAGUAUUAGGAAAUGUGAUAAGGCAACUAAGCGAGGGUAAGGAGUUUAUCAGUUAUCGCGAUUCGAAAGUGACUAGGACUGCUCUCACAGGCUCUUGGCGGUAA